ACGUUUCCCGUUUUCACCCUCGGACCUCUCCUUCGGAUCACUCACCGCCAGAAUCCCUUAUCCGGGUGUUGCCCCACUGCCUCCGGCUUCAUUUCCCUCGAAAGCGCAGGCGCAAGCGCAUUCCAGGGCUUGCUGACCGGAAAGACAACUUCCCCGAGCCCCGCCCGCUCUCUCCGCUGAUUGACAGCAAGAACGAACCGGUCAGCGUGCAGCAAACGAGAGUGGGUCCGCCCUACUAGGACGCGCGCGCAACCUGCCUCGCUCCGGGCAUGAGGGUCUGCGGGGUUUGGGGCCGCGUUCUUGGCGGCUGGCGGCGGGGAAUAGGGCUGCGCACGGAGACCAGGGACGCAGGGUUCGGCUCCGAGGCCCGGCAUCAACCGCACCCUCAAGGCCCCUACUGGGCUUCGGGGCCCCUCGGCGAGCAGCCUUUCCCGGGCCUGCAGUGGUCAGAGGGUCUUAGCCGCGAAGAGCUGGUCGACGUGCUGAGGGAGGCCGUGGUAGACCAGAGAGGACCUCUCGUGGCGCUCAACAAGCCGCAGGGCCUGCCAGUGACAGGAAAGCCAGGAGAGCUGACGUUGGUCUCGGUGCUGCCCGAGCUGAGCCAGUGCCUGGCACUGGGGGCGUCUACACUGCAGGUUGUGCAGGCACCCGGGAAGGAGGCCUCUGGGCUUGUCCUCCUCUCCAGCUGUCCCCAGACAGCCGGCUUCCUGUACAAAUUCUUCACCCAAGCACGGAGGACCCAGAGACCCACAGCCACCUACUGGGCUGUCACCCACGGGGUCCCAGCCACACGUGAGGGCAAGAUCCAGACAGCUCUGAGGCUGCAGGAGAUUGAUGGGGUCCGUCUGGUCAUUCCAGUCAAGUCCCCAACCCGGAAGGACAUCCUAGCAAACGUCAAAAGAACCCUCAGCUACUUCUAUGUGGUGGCCACGGGCUCCGGCUGUGCCCUUGUCCAGCUACAGCCUCUGACAGGUUUCCCCAGGCAGCUGCAGGUACACAUGACACUGCAGCUCUGCCCUGUGCUUGGGGACCACAUUCACUCAGCCCGCGUGGGCACCGUCCUGGGCCAGCGCUUUCUGCUACCAGCUGAGACCACCAAACCCAGGAGACAGGUCCUGGACGCAGCUCUCCUCCAACGCCUCCGGCUGACCCCCUCACAGGCCGCCCAGCUGCCCCUGCACUUGCACCUGCACCGUCUCCUCCUCCCGGGCACAGGGCCCAAGGAUGCCCCCAUCCAGCUUGUGGCCCCCCUGCCCACAUACUUCUCCAGGACCCUACAGCGCCUAGGGCUGCGCCAUCAAGAGCCCUCCCUGUGUCCCUGAUGUCCUACGGCCCCUACAAGUGGGAGGGUUCGGGGCUGUAGCCAGGCUGGAGGAUGGGCUCAGGGCACAACACAGAGUCCCCGGGCUCGACUCCUUCAAACCUGAGAUGGGCUCCUGGUCACACUGCUGGCUUGCUGUGACCAUCUCUUGUGGCUUGAGAUAAUAAAAGCUCCUACCUUGUGGUCCAGUGUUGAGGACUUGCUGAAAAAGCAGAUGUUAAUCAGGGACCAUGUCGUGUGCCAGGUUGGAAGUUUUCGUUCUGAUCCUGCUUAGGAGAUCUUAAAAACACAUGUGAGAUUGUCCAUCUCAGCCACUUCUGAGUGAGUCGUCCUAUGGCGUUAAGCACACUCACUUCCCUGUGCGACCAUCACGUCAACUGUGUCCAGAACCUUCUGUCUCGCCAAACUGGAGCUCUGCGAUUUAAGCACACACUCAGUUCCCAGCCCCUAUCCAUCUUUUACCUGGGCCCAUCCUGGCUGUUGUAGAUAUUUGGGAGUGAACC